AAAACUCCAUUGUUUUUCUUCUUUUUCUUCUGCAAUCCAAAUGUCAUCUCAUUCAAAUCUUGUAUCAGUUGAUAAUCCAUUUAUGCCCUACAAACCCAAACCCAAACCAAACACUUGUAAUAAAUAUACAAAUGAUUACAUAUUAGCCUUCUUCUCCUCCCUAUUAUUGCUUCUCUCCUUUUGCAUCAUCUUCAAAAACCUCUCUUUUUCAUCUCUCUUCAACAGCACAAUGUUCUGGUUCUUCAUUUCCAAUGCCCUCAUCUUCAUCAUUGCUGCUGAUUAUGCCUAUUUCUCACUAUCCCAAUACAAAAGAUCCCAUCUUUAUGAACAUUACUCACCUCCCAACCCAAAGAUGACUCAUUUUCAACAUCAAACUUCUUCAUUUGUAGUAUUUGAUGAAAAGAGAGAAUACCCAGAUGGGAAUUUGCAAAAUUUUGUUCCAGAACGAUGCGAUUCUCUGCCGCCGUUGAAGACGACUCCGGUGAGAACUUACCGGCGGAGCAAGUCGGAGAAACCCAAAAGAAGUGUGUCAAAGGAGAGCAAGAAAAAGAUGGCGAAGAGAUCAGAAAGUGGCAAGUAUGAAGAGAAGGAAUUAGAAGAAAAUGAGUAUUCAAAGAUGACAGAUGAAGAACUGAACAGAAGGGUGGAAGAGUUUAUUCAAAGAUUUAACACACAAAUGAGACUUGAAACUAAAUCAGCUGAAUUAAUGUCUCAUGAAAAGGGCCACCUAGCUUUAAUUUAGAAUAAUAUGACGUCGAAAAGUUUUGUUUAGCUUUGUUUGUGUCUGUAAUUAUAGGCAAU